UUCUCUGAACGUAUUUGAAUGAAAAUUUUUCAAGUCAGAAUGAGAAACGCUUUAUUGUGUGCUGUUCUUAGUCCACGCUCACACGUUUUUCUUUGCCUUCAAGUUUUAGUAAUUUGUAAUUAUUACCUUCACAAAUCAUUUACAAGUGCUCUGGUCUAUGGUUCUUCUAUGGGUUCGUGGUUUUGGCGUUUUGUUUAAGUUGUACUGUAAUUGAACUUCGAGAAUUCUUCAGCUGUAGGUUGGGGAAUUUGGAUUCUUCCCCGCUGAUCUAAUUUUCUGGUGCUUUGUGUAUCUUCUCCGAUUUGCUGAUGUUGGUGUGCCCAGCUCACCUCCAUUUUUGCGUACAGCGCGUCAGUGGAGCUCAACUUCAUUUCAGACAACACGAAAAUCGUGGUCCUCAAUAUCAAACCUUUUCGGUGAUAAGUAUCUGAACUUCCUUUUUUCCUUUUCUUGGCAAUUUCUUAUCAGAACGUAGCUGGUAGUGAUAUGCGAGAAAGUUGAAGUCGUAGGAACUGUGAUCGCUUCAUUGACUGUGUACUUGACUUCUUGGCCGGCGGGUUUUUCUUAGCCGGGGUGAUUUGGACUGAUAAUUUGGUUGGCUGCUGAGUUUAUUUCAGAUACGAAGCCAAAAGUCUCUGGGUUUAGACACUCGCUCUAAGAAUGAAUUUUUUGAAAGUCCUGGGUUUUGACACUCUCUAAGAAUGAAUUUUUUGGGGUUAAGUUCGGUGUAUUUUGCUAUGCAUACUACUUGAACGGGAUUUUUUAUAAUUAUAUUUGGUCCCCUAAAUGUCCUGCAUUUAUUGCUUUGGGAUGUUUGAUUGACAACAGUGAAAAGCUUUCAUUAUCUAUUUGUACACAAGAGCGCGAACGAACUGGUUAAGAAUGGCUAUCGCUGUUUUGGCUUUUAUGCUAUUACUGCAGUUGCCAAGAAUUUUUGGCUCUGGGGACUUGUUGCAGGCAAAGGAUUGUGGUGCCAAUUGGGUAGCCUAUUCAUAUUCUUAUGGUCAUGAACUAUUUUACAUAAACGGGAAUGUUGUUAGCAAAGACAAUUUCUGCAGGACCCUUCAGUUUUACAUGGUAAAUGGUUGUGAUGCGAAGCACUAUUUUGGAAGUACACGCUGUGGGCGGGAAGUUUCUUUUGGAAGAAAGCUUUUGCAGAAGGAUAUAAGCGAUAACUCAACAUUCCCAGGUCCCCAAAACGUUUCUAAGCCCCUAGCACCCUCAAAAGUUGGUAUAGUUGCAAGUGGGGUUUUGCUUGUAUGUUGUGUUUUUCUCUGUCCUUGUUUCUAUGGGAAGAGACAAAAAGGCACUGCUCAUGCUGGUCCAUCCAAGGACCCAAAUUCAAUGGAUUCAGCUUCUUCUUUGGAAGGGAACUCUGUUUCUGAGAAGAUCCAUGGCUCUCUCCAUAGGGUACCACCUAGUCCUUCAAGAUUUUCAAUGUCUCCAAAACUCAGUAGACUUGGGUCAAUACAUCUCAACUUGAGUCAGGUUGUGAAAGCUACUCAUAAUUUCUCGAAUAAAUUACAAAUAGGAGAAGGAGGUUUUGGAACUGUCUACAAGGCUCAGCUAGAAGGUGGUCAAGUUGUGGCAGUAAAGCGUGCCAAAAGGGAACAUUUUGAGAGUUUGAAAACUGAAUUCAGCAGUGAAGUUGAACUUCUGGCCAAAAUUGAUCAUCGAAACCUGGUGAAGUUACUAGGUUACAUUGACCAAGGAAAUGAACGCCUUCUUAUUGCAGAGUAUGUCCCAAAUGGUACUCUUAGAGAACACUUGGAUGGUUUGCGUGGAAGGAUCCUUGACUUCAAUCAGCGCCUUGAAAUUGCCAUUGAUGUUGCUCAUGGCCUGACCUAUCUACAUCGUUACGCAGAAAAGCCAAUUAUCCAUAGAGAUGUGAAAUCGUCCAACAUUCUUCUAACUGAAAGUAUGAGAGCUAAAGUUGCUGAUUUUGGAUUUGCAAGACUUGGUCCAAUGGACUCUGAUCAAACACACAUCUCUACCAAAGUGAAGGGAACAGUUGGUUAUUUGGACCCAGAGUACAUGAAAACAUAUCAGCUUACUCCCAAGAGUGAUGUUUAUUCAUUUGGGAUUUUGCUUUUAGAAAUUGUGACCGGCCGCCGUCCUGUGGAGGUGAAGAAACCUGUUGAAGAGAGGGUGACAUUGAGAUGGGCUUUCAGGAAGUAUAAUGAAGGGAAUUUGGUGGAAAUGGUGGAUCCUUUAAUGGAGGAAGGUAUAAAUGGAGAGGUUGUAAUGAAGAUGAUUGGUUUAGCAAUUCAAUGUGCAGCACCAACUCGAGCUGAUCGGCCCGACAUGAAGUCCGUGGGAGAACAACUGUGGACGAUCAGGGCAGAAUUCCUCAAAAGUUCAAAGAGAGUAUAGUUAUUGAAAAUGGAAGAGAUUCUAUUAAUUGUAUUCAAUGUUGUUUAUUACCUUUUUUCCAAUGCAUAUCUUCUUUGCACUAAUCCACUUCAAUAAUACUUAUUCUCAUCCAUGUGAAAAUAGUAGAUUUUAGGUCCGGCCGCUCUUUGUUUUUGAGUGAGAGGUAGGUUCGGUCGCCCUUUACAUGUGCUUGUAUGCAAUUGAGAAUGAAUUGCCUAAUGUUAGUUGAGUUUAAUUUUA